AUGGCCUUGCUCCUCUAUAUCCUGGCUUGCGCCUUCGCCACUGUGCUCGCCAUCGACGACUACAACGUCGUCUCUACGCCCGAGAAGGAUGUCCCAGAAUGGGCUGCCGUCAGCGCCAUGCAGCUCACACUAUCCAACAGUAAUGGGAAGUGGUCACCGCUGCAAUUCACCGUCCUCCCUCUCACAGAUUCCCUGGGGUUGAACGGCACUCAGACAGACCGCGGGAUUGUCAAAAUACACGGCACCAUGAUCGCAGCUGAUUCAUCCAACUAUAACACCCUCAACCAGAACACCACCGUAGCAUACCUAUCUUGCGACCAACCCUCCAGUAAUUCCAUGAUCGAACCCGAUAAGAUGCUCGACGGCUUGAUGAACCUCAAUCCCAAACCCAAAGCUAUCGUACUUUACUCCACAAGCAAGAACUGGUGUUCGAUCACACACAUAGAUGAUCUAUCUUACACUAGCAUUCUAUCCAUGGCCGACGCAGCUGAGGCUUCACAGGCCUUAGGCUUCCUCAACGGCACCGACACUAUCAAGGUCUCCAUCAUGGGCAACACCACCAAUGACGGUACUGAAACCCAGACGGAUUCCAAUCGAAACAACCCGGCGGUUGCAAUGAGUAUCCUAUACAGUAUCACUGGGAUCAUCACCUUGCUCUUCGCCGUCAUCAUCGUUACUGGUGCCGUUCGGGCUCAUCGAUACCCUGAAAGAUAUGGGCCCCGACGAGCUCUCCAUGGCCGACCCCGACAGAGCCGGGCCAAGGGACUGGCGAGAGCUGUCCUGGAAACCAUGCCCAUUGUGAAAUUUGGAAACCAGACACCUACUAAGCCCGACCCUGAGCUUGAUAUGGAUGCGAUCACCAACGAUGGGCAAGAUAAUCCUGUGCAACGCACCACGUCGAACCCGAGCGAAGCCCGUCAGCCUGAGGCAACACCAGCCACGCGAGCAGAUAAUGAUGGAGCUUCUUCUGUAACCCGGGACUCGCCUACACCUACGCCUGAUUCUGCACCAGAUGGCGCCGGUGGGAAUGGAGAAGACAACUUGGGGUGUUCCAUUUGUACGGAAGACUUCAAAGUGGGCGAAGACGUUAGAGUCUUGCCAUGUCGACACCAGUUCCACCCAGCAUGCAUCGAUCCAUGGCUCAUCAACGUGUCUGGAACGUGCCCACUCUGUCGAUUCGAUCUCCGCCCCGAAAAGGCGGAUGCGUCUCAGGGGAGUACGAGUGAGGGCACAAGUGCUUUGCCUCCCCCGCUAGCUCUCGAGAGCGUCGAGGGUGUAGAGAACGAUGCCUCUCAGUUGCCACACCACAAUCGCGCAUCACGCAUCUCCGACAUUAACCGGUUGCGAGAGGCGACGGUGGAAGAGCAGAUGGAGACACUGAGGCGUAUGCGAGCUGAAGUCGACGAGUCUGAGCGACAGGGCCCACCAGACGGUGAUUCUCGAGGCCAGAGCGCGCGAUUUGCAGCCAAGCUCAAGGAGAGGUUCCGGAUCCGCACUCGGGCUCAGGCACCUGAGGACCGUGACUGUUAA